UUAUUGUCGAUUUUGCGCAGUGCUAGUGUGAUAGCAAGGGGCAUACACCCACAGUUUGCAGGAGUUUUCAAAGAUUGAUUCUGGAUUGAAAUUUAGUGCCUUUUAUCGGAAUAUCCAGUUUUCCGCUGUUUGUGAGGUGGUGAAUUAAUAAGAUGGCAGACAUUGAGGAGCAGCAAGUCACCACUCCUGAGGACGUGGACAAAGAGCCAGAGUCAAACUAUAAGCCGCCUCCUGAAAAAACGAUUUCAGAGCUUCUGGAGAUCGAUCAAGAGGAUGAAAGUUUGCGGAAAUACAAGGAGACAUUACUGGGACAAGCGCAAAUUGGUCCCAUUAUUGUGGAACCGGACAAUCCAAAAAAAGUGAUUGUGAAGAGAUUAGUAUUAAUUCCCGUGGAUAGGCCCGAAUUAUCUUUGGAUCUAACAGGCGAUAUUUCGAGAUUGAAACAAGAAACUUUUGUCAUUAAAGAAGGUGUUUCUUACAAGAUCAGGAUUGAGUUCUUUGUGCAGCGGGAAAUUGUACAUGGACUGAAAUAUGUACAGAAAACUAGUAAAAUGGGUAUAACAGUCGAUAAAAUGACCCAUAUGGUUGGUUCUUACGCCCCUAAAACCGAAAUCCAAUCCUACACUACACCUGCAGAAGAUGCGCCUUCCGGUAUGUUGGCUCGAGGUUCCUACACCGUUCAUUCUCUAUUCACUGACGAUGACAAGAAUGAACACUUGAAAUGGGAAUGGACCUUCGAGAUCAAGAAGGACUGGAAGGACUAGACGAUAUUCUGCUUUGAUGCUUUUUUUAGAUUUGGUGGCAAAAUAAAGCAAUAGGUGAUCAAAAGUAUUAAAAUCAACAAUAUUAGAAUAAGUUUUACCGCUAGCCUUUUUACCAAUUUUUAUAGGCAUUAUACCUGUAGUUAUUUACAUCAAAUUUUCGACAUUUUUUAAUAACGAUUACUCCUAAAUGUAAUCAAUACGUAUUAUUCUGCCUAUUUAUUGUGUGUCCAUAUAUGUUAACACUUUAGACAAAUUUGAAGGUAGUAUAACAGAUCAUUUAUACUCUUGAAAUUCUAAAGCACCAUGGAUGCCUUUCCUUCUCAGGUAUUAUGAUUGUCAAUCAAGAUAUUUUUAUAGAAAUAAGUGUGCAUGUUCGAGCAUUUACCAGGGUUACUAGGGUAGUUAACUCUUAAGUAUGAUACUUGUAUGGGUCUUUGUAUUAUCUUCAAAUUUUCAUAAAUUAAUCAGCCAAAAAAAACUUCCGCUCGGUAAUAUUUGCCAAAGUGUUUAAUUUUUGUUUUAUAUUUGCAGUGUUGAGGUUAGUUGAAAUAAUGUUUAACGAUCUUAUUGUUUAAAAUACUUAUUGUGGUUUUGUUUUGCUUCAUAAUAUUUGCAAUGGUGUAUUACCAAAUUAUGUUUUAAGGAAUAAAAUCAAUUUAUUUAAGUA